GGAGUAAGCACCGAAGAGAAUUGGCCAACUGUGAGCGAUCAUCAAUGAAGAAUAAUUGCGAGAUCCGAGCAAACCGCUCUUUGCGAUUUUGGUUUUUCAAUCGAUCUUAAUUCUGGGUAUCAGAAACUAACACAAAUCUCCUAGUUUGAUUAUAGAAUGUCGAACGAUUCAGCUCAUGACCCAUUGUUAGCUAAGGAGCAGUUAGAUCCCCUGGCUCAAGACUUCAACCAAAAGUCAAGAACUUCUUCAAGAAAAAGAAGAUUGCGUCGCUCUAGAAGCGCACCUCGUGGUGAUUUUGUGUACAAUAACGAUGAUAAUGAUGUCAAAAUCGACGAGCCACCUCCUCAUCCAAGUACAAUCCCAAUGUUCAGAGAUCUAAACCCGCGUCUCAGACAAGUGAUCAUUCUCUUGGUUUUAUAUCUAAGCAUCGGUACUCUCUGUUUCUACCUCGUGAGAAACCACAUAUCAGGAACCAAGACCAAUGGUGUGUUGGAUGCUGUCUAUUUCUGUGUAGUAACGAUGACAACCGUUGGAUACGGUGACCUUGUCCCUAGUAACUCUGCCUCAAGGCUACUAGCUUGUGCAUUUGUCUUCUCGGGAAUGGUCCUUGUGGGUCACCUUCUAAGUCGAGCAGCGGAUUAUCUAGUGGAGAAGCAAGAGGCUUUGCUUGUUAGGGCUUUCCAUUUGCGUAAAACCUUUGGUCCAACAGACACUCUCAAGGAGUUGCAUACUAACAAGUUGAGAUACAAAUGCUAUGUGACAUUCCUUGUCCUUGUAGUUCUCUUCCUUGCCGGUACGAUUUUCCUUGUAAAUUAUGAGAAUAUGCCGGUUAUCGAAGCUUUCUACUGCGUUUGUUCCACGGUUACAACGUUGGGUUAUGGCGAUAAGAGCUUUAACUCGGAAACUGGGCGCCUCUUUGCUGUGUUUUGGAUCUUGACAAGCACUGUGUGUUUGGCUCAGUUUUUCCUCUAUGUAGCUGAGCUAAAUGCAGAAACCAAACAGAGGGAGUUGGUGAAAUGGGUUUUAACACGGAGAAUCACAAACAAUGAUCUCGAAGCAGCUGAUCUCGAUGACGAUAGAGUCGUCGGAGCUGCAGAGUUUAUAUUAUAUAAACUGAAAGAAAUGGGGAAGAUUGAUGAGAACGAUGUUGCUGGGAUAAUGGAAGAAUUUGAGCAGCUCGACUACGAUGAAUCGGGAACUCUUACGACUUCUGACAUCAUUCUAGCUCAGACGUCUCAGAUCCAAAGGUAAGAAUCAUGGUCAUCAUCAUCUUUCGAAGACGAACCACAGAAUCUUUCUUUGAGUCAUACCUGCCACGACCAGAAAAGCAAGGAAAGUGAACAGUUUUGGAAUUUUUUUGUUUGUUUCUGUCUGUGUUUUGUGAAAUGUAAUGCUACAUUCCCACUCUUUGAUUUGUCUCUUGAUGCCUGAGUGUAAUAACUUACAUACGGAUUUACACGAAUACUUUAUCUUAGCAAGCUGAAUCUUGCUAUUGAUCUGAUAUGAAUCUAUGGUUUUAACAGUAAUGGUGUCAUCCAAUAUGCUCCACAGACCAAACCCCAAAACCAGAGUCCUAUAGUUUCACUUGAAUUCAAUAUGGAUUCUCUCAAAGAACAGGUGAUGAUGACUGUUUUAUUGCUUUGAAAUUUCUGGUAUUUUGGUUGAUACAACGUUUUCAAAGGGAGCGGUUUCUUUUUCCCUGAGGAGCCAAAAAAAAAAAAAAAACAAAGGGCCUUAGAGAUGA